AAACAAAACAAAAAAAUAUAUGGCUUAUAUUUUUGGUAACACCAUUGCUUUGAAUAUAAUAGGAAAACACUAUUAUUAUUAUUAUUAUUAUGUUUAAUGCAAAGUUAACGCUGUGUGUCAUUAUAUCAUUGUACAUAAAAAAAAUAUAUAAAAAAAUUAAAAUAAUUAUUUUUCUUAAAACUUAAAUUCUUACUCGCGUGCCAAGCCCGCGAAACCGGGCAGCGGGCCUAUAUAAGCAGGGGUCUGUGCCCACCGCGCGCACAGCCUGACUCAACUUUGAGUGACAUCCCCAGCAGUGCGUUUUCCUGAGGUAAAUUACUUUUUACUUAACCUAUUUAGUUAAAUGACUUUGUAAAAGUAUGGACCGACAACAAAAGUAAAUGACAUUUAAAACUAUGAAGAAAGAAAGUAAUAAAUUGUAAUUAUAAUAACAAUCCGUCUGAGGGAACAGUUCGUUUUUCUGAGGGUUAUACUACUAAAAUAAAUAGCAGACGUUUUCACUCAUGAAACCAGUUAAAUUGUAGUAAAAAUUGGACUUAUAGAAAUUUUUCUUUUCCGUUAAUUGUAUCACAUUUCACGAAGACGAUUUUCCGUCGUUUAAUAUAUAUUUACAGGCCGCUCAUCAGCGCCGUUAAACACCGAAAUGCCGUUACAUCCGUGUGACGUCAUUGCUGAUAGAGCCAAUCCGCUCCGUUUGAGAGACGCUCUUUCAUUUUAGAGUUAUGUCAUGUUAACAUUACUUUAAAAGAGACCAAUCAUACAAUUAUUCUUAAUAAUAUCUUCAUUAUUCACAAUUGUAUGGAAAGUAGUGCGUUGUCAGGUUUAACCGCGAGCGCGUAAACCCUUUCUCUAACACACGCUGGCGCGUGCACUUAGAGAGAGAGCGAGAGAGAGACAGACAGAGAGAGAGAGAGAUAAAACUCAUAAUCCUUGACACCUUUAUAGAAAUCGGUGAUUCUCAAGAAUGAAAAUGCAUUUUUACUUUGGCUUAUUUGUUAGUGGGCUGUAAGGUCUCAUCAGAAACAUUGCUCUGCAUUCUUCUUCUUAUCAUGCUUUAUUAAAUAAUAUUAUACAUAUCCAUCAGAGACUAUAAACUUUGGGAUUUAAUAGACUACAGUGAAAUUAAUUAUCUUCUCUCUCUUUUUCAGUGUCGAUUGCCGUCUUAUUGUUUAGCUACAUACACCACAACGGCUCUUUUAAGAGCCACAUCUUGAGAACGUCUUUGACUUUCAGCUACAUACACCACAACGGCUCUUUUAAGAGCCACAUCUUGAGAACAUCUUUGACUUUAAAGUUCUCUACAGUCAACCACACUCACUCAACAACGUUAUCCACAGUUCACACUUGAUCAAAACCAAGGUUGUUCCAGCUAAAAUAAAACAACAACAAAAAGAACAUGUACCUGAUAGUGGAGUUCGUCGGAGAAGGGAGUACCGGUCCUGUAGCAAAGUCCUGGUACUCAGAUGGCCACUCAUGGUGGCCUCCAUACAAAGACUUGGACCGGUUACUAAAGAGCGUCAGGUUGAUGGAGGCACCACAGCCAGAUAAGGGUUGGACCAAGCAUCAGGCCAGAAUUCUACAUGAGUCGGCAUCAUUUGACAACAUUUCCAAAAAAUGGAAAAGGGCAUGCUACACUUCUGACAUCUCAGAAUCUGAAAAUUCUAUAAAAAGAAUUCACAAAAAGAAAACAUUCUCAUCAGAUGAUGAGCUUCAUGAAACCCCCAACAAAAAAGUUAAAAUGAAUAGAGACAAAAAUCCACCUACACCAAAAAUCCAGCCCGCACCAAAAGUCCCGCCUGCACCAAAACCUCCAGCACCUCUAAAAUACAUCAAGACAAAAGGUCCUGUUGUACGACCUCUGCUUACAACAAGCAAAGCAGUGAACUCUUUCAGCAAUUCAUUUGUUAAUCACCACCAAAGGGCCAUGGAGAAGCCAGAGCAGGCCCGUUUUGAGACUUUCCCCAGCUGUCAAGUUCCAUCAUUGUCAGCUCCAGAUGUUCCCGUGAGCUUCUCCCAGGCAGAUGAGCCACAAGAUCAUUGGGGUGGACACUCACCUGACAUUCAAGAGAAUGCAUUUUCUUUGCUGAGACCUUCAAGUUCCAAGCAAGAAAGAACACAGCACCGCCAGCUGGAAACUUGGGAAGAACACCCAUCUAUCACUCAAGAGAACAAAUUCUCUGCCUUAAGACUCUAUCAAGACCAAAGACUAUCAACCACACAACAAGGAAGAAUGCAAACUGUUCCAGUGAGCUUGUCCAAUGAAAAUGAGCAAGAAGAUGCUUGGGAUGAACACCCAUCUAACUUUCAAGUGAACACAAUCUCUGAACAAAGAUCCUCAAGUACUCACCAGCCAAGAACAAAUAGUGCUUCUGGUGUGAGACGAUGGAGCUGCAUCACUAAUCAAUGUACACCUGUUGAGAGGACAAUUCUGGAGGCACUUAAUGAACUGGACAUGAAGAUCAACCAUCUGACUUCAGUGGUCCAGUCCCUGGCAGCAAACAACCGUUCCAGUGCUCCAGUGGUGGACAGCGAGGAUGAGGUCUUUCCUCUCACAACCAUGGAGGAACUAGACAAACUGGAAAGAAAAUUAUCAGAGAAAGCAAUGAUGCAAAAGAUGGUGAACAGGUUAUCCAUCAGUGGAGGACACACACUGAAGAAAACAAUAUGGAGAAUAUGCUCCAAGGUGUUUGGUCCUGUAGCCAAACAACUAAACUGGUGUGGUAGGGGAGAAAAGCGAGGGAUCAGGAAAACAAACAUAGGAGCACUCCUAAUAGGAGCAGCUAUGAAGAAUCCCGUGCUUCCGUCGCCAACUGAAGCAGAGGCUGAAAAACACAUUAAGGAUUAUCUCCGCUUGGCCCCAGGGAGAAUGCCUUGUUAGUCAACUUGAUUUUUUGUUGUUUGUUUGGUUGGUUCAGGAUUAAAAUAAUAAUAAUAAUAAUAAUAACAUAAACGACUGCUUAUUUUCAUUCACUGUUAAUAAAAGGAUACAAAUCAUUCAA